AAGUUUAGUGAUAUACCAUAAGAACCGAAGGCACUGUCCAAAAGCCCCCAUUAAGGGAACCUUCUUUGCCAUUUUAGCUUUCAAAUUUGAAAACCCAUAUAAAUAAUCCAAUCCAAAUUUCCCAAAUUCUCUUCGAAUUUCAAAACCCAGUGUACCCAAUCUUCAAUCCGCUGAGGUUUCAAUCGAAGAUGAUCAGCUUGUGAUUGUUUUUGCAGAAACCCAAAUUGGGAAAUUAGGGUUUUAGCGACUCGAUCCCAAUGCGGUUGUUCCCUUUGAACUCGACCCCGAGCUCGAGCUCCAGCUCCACCGUAGAGAAGGAGCAGACUGAUCGGAAAAGGACUCGCGCCCUUUUGUACCUCAAUGUCUACGACCUCACCCCUGUAAAUAACUACCUUUACUGGUUCGGAUUCGGGGUCUUUCACUCCGGCAUCGAAGUGCAUGGCUUGGAGUAUGGCUUUGGAGCCCAUGAGUAUCCCAGCAGUGGAGUUUUUGAGGUGGAACCAAGGAGUUGUCCUGGCUUCAUAUUCAGAAAGUCACUCCUACUGGGCAGCACUGAUAUGUCUCGUACAGAAUUUCGGUCAUUUAUGGAGCACCUUUCUGGAAAGUAUCAUGGUGAUACCUAUCAUUUAAUUGCCAAGAAUUGCAACCAUUUCACUGAUGAAGUCUGUUUGCGGCUAACCGGAAAACCUAUCCCUGGAUGGGUUAAUCGGUUGGCACGAGUAGGUUCUUUCUGUAAUUGUCUUCUGCCAGAAAACAUUCAAUUAUCAGCAGUCAGACAUCUUCCUGAUCAUCCGCCAUAUUCUGAAGAAGAAGAAGAUGAUGAUGGAUCAGAGUCAAUUGCUUCAUCUGGAACAGGAAGUGAUGAGGAUUCAAAUCAUCACCUGUUGGCUGCACCAAUUGGUGAUGUAGCUUUCGUGAAGGAAACACCAGUGAGGUUAGCGAGGGAGCUCAUGUAACUCCCAUCAUUAUUUGUGUGGAAAUGUGUCUCUAUGUGUGUUCCCUUGUACGUUUCUGAUUGUACCACUAUAUAUGUUUCAGCUAUUUUAGCAAUCCCAAUGUCAGGGAUAGUUCCUUGAUUCUUCUUAAAGAAAGGUCAGAGUUUCCUUGAUGGUGCUCAAGAUUUGUCUGCUGCCUGUAUUGUUCGGAAAUAUAUGUGAAUGCUCCAACUUAAAUCCAAACGACAGAUAAAUAUGCAGUUGUUACAUGAUCAUUCUUUACAUAAUAGAUGUUGCAGAUCCCUGACAGUUUCUUGCAAUGGCCUUGUUUUUUCUCUUAAUUACUUGAUAGUUCUUAGAUCACUAAAUAUGAUACUUGUUUGGAAAAGCAGGGAGAAACAUUUUUGUUUAGUGAAUAGUUUUCUAAGGAGAAGUACUACCGUAUUCUAAAUUCAUAAAUAGUAUUAUUUCUCAUACAUCGAAUGAUUUGUUUGAGUAUUUGAACAAAAUGAAGUACCCGAAACAUGAGCAUUCAUGGUAUCUGUUAUUUCAUGAAAGAGUUCUGAAGCAUCCUUGCAGGGUUUACAAUGUGAAUGAAGCUAAAGCAUUCUUCUUCCAUUUAGGAGAUGGGACAUUUCAGAGUUUCUCUAAUGAUGCUCGGCGAGGAUACUUCAAG